AUGCCGGAAGAUAAGAAUUAUUGUGAUUUGUGGAGAGCUGAUGAUGAGGACAAGCAGGAGAUUUUUGUUUUUUUUACUUCCUGUCAUUUUUUUAUUGCUGGUAAUAUUUUUUAUCUAUCUAUCUAUCUAUUUAUCUAUCUAUCUCAGUGUAUUCAUAUCUAUCUAUCUAUCUAUCUAUCUCAGUAUAUAUUGUUUUGUUUUGUUUUACGUCAUAUCUACCACAAUAAGUUAUUUAAUGCCGACAAGAUUUUUUUAUUGCUGGUAAUAUUUUUUAUCUAUCUAUCUAUCUCAGUGUAUUCAUAUCUAUCUAUCUAUCUAUCUAUCUAUCUAUCUAUCUAUCUCAGUUUAUUUAAUGCCGACAAGAAUUUUUAUUGCUGUAAUAUUUUUUUUUUAUCUAUCUAUCUAUCUAUCUAUCUAUCUAUCUAUCUAUCUAUCUCAAUUUUUAUUGCUGAUAAUCUAUCUAUCUAUCUAUCUAUCUAUCUAUCUAUCUAUCUAAGUAUAAUUUUUAUUGCUGGUAAUAUUUUUAUCUAUCUAUCUAUCUAUCUAUCUAUCUAUCUAUCUAUUUUUAUUGCUAGUAAUAUUUUUUAUCUAUCUAUCUAUCUAUCUAUCUAUCUAUCUAUCUAUCUAAUUUUUAUUGCUGGUAAUAUUUUUUAUCUAUCUAUCUAUCUAUCUAUCUAUCUAUCUAUCUAUCUAUCUAUCUCAACUUUCACCAAAUCCCCACGUGAGCGUUUUUUACAAACGCUCUUCCUCUUUUGCUUGUCGGUAACCUCAGAGACAACACGUUACCCAUCUGCACUCCGUCAUUUAAACAUCAGGACACGUGUGAGGAUUUCGACCGCAACUGAAGCACAGGAGUCAGGACUCUAUUUUCUUCAACCAAGCCAAACAGGAAAGAUAAAACUGUUAUAA